AUGGCAAGCUCAACGCUUUGGUUUUCGCUGCUGCUGGCGGCAGCGUCCGCUGGACUGGCGAUGGCCUUAUGGCCCUGGCCCCAGUACAUCCAAACCUCCGACCAGCGGUACGCCCUUUUGCCGAAGAACUUCAACUUCCAAUACCAUGCCGGUUCCGCCGCGCAGCCAGGCUGCUCCGUCCUCGACCAGGCUUUCCAACGCUACCGUCACCUGCUCUUCAACACUGUGUCCGACUCCCUCACUGAGCACACAGGAAAACAGUACCAGGCAGAGAAGAACACAUUGGUUCUCUUUGUGGCUACCCCCGGGUGCAGCCAUCUUCCUACUUUGGAGUCAGUGGAGAAUUACACCCUGACCAUAAAUGAUGAGCAGUGUUUCCUCCUCUCUGAGACUGUCUGGGGAGCUCUCCGAGGUUUGGAGACUUUCAGCCAGCUCAUUUGGAGAUCUGCUGAUGGCACGUUCUUUAUCAACAAGACCGACAUCGUGGAUUUUCCCCGUUUCCCUCACCGGGGCUUGCUGUUGGAUACGUCUCGCCAUUACCUGCCACUGUCCAGUAUCCUGGAUACCCUGGAUGUCAUGGCGUACAAUAAGUUCAAUGUGUUCCACUGGCAUCUGGUAGACGACUCAUCCUUUCCAUACGACAGCAUCACUUUUCCUGAGCUCGCCAGAAAGGGCUCCUACAACCCUGCCACCCACAUCUACACCAUGCAGGAUGUGAAGGAGGUGAUUGAGUACGCACGCCUCCGCGGUAUCCGUGUGGUGCCAGAGUUUGACACUCCAGGCCACACUUUGUCUUGGGGUGCAGGUGUCCCUGAAUUAUUGACUCCUUGCUACUCGGGCUCUGAACCCUCUGGUACCUUUGGACCAGUGAAUCCCAUUCUCAACAGUACCUAUGAGUUCAUGAGCUCAUUCUUCCUGGAGGUCAGCUCUGUCUUCCCGGAUUUUUAUCUGCACCUUGGAGGAGAUGAGGUUGAUUUCUCCUGCUGGAAGUCCAAUCCAGAUGUCCAGGCCUUUAUGAAGAAGAAAGGUUUUGGUGACGACUUCAAGCAGCUGGAGUCCUUCUACAUCCAGAUGCUGCUGAACAUCGUCUCUGCCUAUAGCAAGGGCUACGUGGUGUGGCAGGAGGUGUUUGAUAAUAAAGUAAAGGUUCGCUCAGACACGAUCAUACAAGUAUGGCGGGAAGAGGCACCAGUAAGCUAUUUGAAGGAGCUGGAACUGGUCACCCAAGCUGGCUUCCGGGCCCUGCUCUCUGCCCCCUGGUACCUGAAUCGCAUAAGUUAUGGCCCCGACUGGAAGACAUUCUACAUGGUGGAGCCCCUGGCAUUUGACGGUAGCCCUGAGCAGAAGGCUCAGGUGAUUGGUGGAGAGGCCUGCAUGUGGGGCGAGUAUGUGGACAGCACAAACCUGGUCCCCAGGCUCUGGCCCAGAGCAGGGGCUGUUGCCGAGAGGCUGUGGAGCAACAGCCAAAUAACCGACUUGGAAUUUGCCUUCAAACGGUUGACAAAGUUCCGAUGUGAGCUGCUGAGGCGAGGUGUUCAAGCCCAGCCCCUGAACACAGGCUACUGUGAACAGGACUUUGAACAGAUGUGA